CACAAGAUGGCGGCGGCGGCGGCGGCGGGAGAGGGGCCGCGGCCCGGGACAGAGACUGAGACAGCGGCGACUAGUAGCGGGCUGUGGCCCGGGCCCGAGGUGGCGAGCAGCGGGCUGUGGCCCGGGCCUGGGGCAGAAGCAGCGGCGGCGAGUAGCGGGCUGUGGCCCGGGGCAGAGACUGAGGCAGCAGCGGGGACUAGUAGCGGGCUGUGGCCCGGUCCCGGGGCAGAAGCAGCGGCGGCAGCGGAGCGGCAGGGGGCAGAUGGAGAGGCGGCGGCGGAGGGCGAGCGGCCGGGCCCCGGCGGACAGGCAACGAGGCCCGGGGCAGAGGAGGAGGAGGAGGAGGAGGAGGCGGCGGAGGAGGGGGGAGAGCGGCUUGGCCCCGGCGGAGAGGCGGCCGGCGGCCCGGGCCCCGAGGACAGCGGCGAUCUACAGCGGGCGGAGGAGCGGCUCGGCCGGAUGCUGGCCCAGUGUGAGCCGGGGUUGCUGCUGCUGCAGCGGCUGCUGGUGUGGGAGCGGCCGGCGCACAGCGGCCUCAUGCUGCUCGGCCUCAGCGGCGUCUUCUGGUUGUUUUCCUCCACUUCCCUGCGGCCGAUCUUCCUCAUCAGUUCAUCUUUGUUGGGCAUUUUGUUGCUGGAUCGUUGGAAGAGUGGUGUGUUGGCCCGUGUCAUGGUUCAACGUCCAGUGGAUGAAGACGUCAGUGAUGGGAGUUCCACACGGCCUCGGCUGCUCCGACUGCCAGACCUUUGCCACUGUCUCGCAGAGAGCUGGGUGGCCUUUCACCUCUACUUGAAGGAAGUGCUGGAGUACAAGAGGCAGAACCCGGGCAAGUUCUGUCUGAAGAUGUGCAUUGGCUGUUCAGCAACGGCUGCGAUCGGACACUAUAUUCCUGGAAUCAUGAUAUCCUACAUCUUCAUCCUGAGUCUGCUGCUGUGGCCCCUGGUGUUUUAUCACGAGCUCAUUCAGAGAUGUACACGGGUUUUGGAACCUGUGUUAAUGACACUGGACUAUACAAGCAUGAAAGGCAGCACGAGCCACCGUCAGAGAGACAGGAAGAAGAAGUUACUGGUGAAAGCGGAGAGUUGUGAUGAGCCGACGGCUGAGACGGAGAGCGAGAGUGAGGCCGAACUUUCCUGCUUCAACCCCAAGGUGGAUGUCAGGACGACAGCUCUGGCCUUUGCGAUCACGGACUCUGAGUUAUCAGAUGAGGAGGCUUCCAUCCUGGAGAGCGGAGGAUUCACCGUGUCGCGAGGAACAACGCCGCAGCUUUCUGAUGUGUCAGAAGACCUGGAGCGCCAGAGUAUCCACAGUGAACCAGAGGAGGCCUUUGCCAGGGACCUGGCUGAGUUUCCGUCGGUGGAAGAGCUGUCUGGUGACGGGAGCCCGUCUCACGGCGUUGCCCGACUUGCGGCUCUAGACUCGCCCUUCUUCACCGACGCCCUCACCUCCCCCCUGCACUUUGUGAACUCGCACUUCAAUGGAAGCCAGGCCCGGAGGAGCCAACCCUCAGCGCUGGGCUCCGCUCUACACGGCUUCAGUGAGGAGAUGGUGGCCUCUGCCCUCAGCACUGUAGUACAGAACACGCUGACCUCCUUUCUGUCCGGCCAUCUGACCGACGGCCAUACACACAGCUCUGAGCUGCUGCCCACCCAGCCAGACCAGAGCCUGCACCUCCAAACAGCGGCUGCAGGGCUGGGGCUGGGACUCGGCUCAGAGCCACCUCUACACGAAGAGCUGGAUGACUUUGAGCUACUCGACCAGGGCGAGCUGGAGCAGAUGGACACAGAGCUGGGCCUGGAGGAGGGGGGCCGACUGGGGAGUGGGCAAGCCGGCCCCUCACAGCCCACGCUCACCGGACCGCAGGAUGACAGCUAGUGACACUGACCGCCCGCGCUCUGGUCAUAGCGUGGCAUGGAGCCCAGCAUGUGGUCCCAGCCCCUCAAUGUAGCCCCGCCCCCUCGCUGUAGCCUCUAACUGUUGCCCCGCCC